GAGAGAGAGAGAGAGAGCAAUCAUUUUGAAAUCACUUCACUCUCACACACACAACGUGCAGUCGUGCAGUGAGUGGUGGAGCGAACGAUCCCGAGGCAGCCCAUAGUUGUGUAGCUGUACAGAGGGUGACUGACAGAGGACCAAAACGCUGGCAACUAAUGGACAUAUAGUAUAUUGUUUUUUGUUUUUUUACUCUGGAACGUGAACAUGUUGAGGAUUAGCUUAGCAGCUGGUGCGAAUGUUCCAAACUAAGCACAGGAUGCUGCUAUAAAACUGGUCCGGAGACGUACUAUAUAUGGUUGUUUCCGUAUCCGAGGAGGGGACAACAAUCUGAUGUGCAGCGCUUCUGGUCACCAAGUUGUUUUCUGCCGGCAAUUAACGCACUCGUUUUGAUAUCAGGGGGACCGUCAUUGGAUUUGAAGGAAUAGGCUAACCGUCGUCGGCUGAUCAAGUGGAUUGUUUGUUGUUGGGGUGUUUUAUCACGGGGAGUGCGUUGUUCAUGUAUUGUGGAUUCCUACUUGUGGGGAGAUAUUGAGGGCUGAAGUGGCUUCGUUCAGGAGAGGAGAGGGAUCGAAGCUUCUAGCCCGGCUGAAGCGCUCAGAACUGGGAUAGGCUACUGAGGAGUUCUCAUCCAUCCAAGACCGAUGCGUUUCCAGUCAAGCGGAGUGAUGGUGCUGAGGUGGGAUGCCACGCUGGUGUUGGCGGCCAUGCUUCUGGUUUGCUGUGCCGCCGAUCCCACUGACAUUCUCUACCGGAUGCUCGAGGAGCAGCCGCCCAACACGUUGAUCGGCAGCCUGGCAUCGGACGAGGGCCUGCCCGACUCAGGCCACCUGUACAAGCUGGAGGUGGGCACCCCUUACCUGCGCGUGGACGGCAAGACGGGAGACAUUUACACCACAGAGGUCCCCAUCGACCGUGAGACACUGCGGGACUGCCGCAACCUGUUCGAGGGCGACAAGUGCUUCCUGGAGUUCGAGGUGUCCAUCACGGACCUGAAGCAGGGCCAGGGACCGCGGCUGAUCGAGGGCCGCAUCGAGGUGCAGGACGUCAAUGACAACACACCCCAGUUCACCUCGCCCAUCCUCAUGCUGUCCAUCCCAGAGAACACACACAUCGGGGCGCUCUUCUCCAUCCCCAUGGCCAGCGACAAGGACUCGGGCCACAAUGGCGUGGCCGAGUACUCGCUCAGCGCCGGGCCUGACGCCGACCAGCUCUUCAGCCUGCAGGUGGCCGAGGACACAGACGAGAAGCAGCCGCAGCUCAUCGUCAUGGGCAACCUGGACCGCGAGCAGAAAGACUCGUACGAUCUCAACAUCCGUGUGGUGGACGGGGGCACACCACCACGAGCCAGCAGCGCCCUGCUGAGGGUGACCGUCACCGACCAGAACGACAACGCACCCAAGUUUGAGAGGAGCCACUAUGAGGCUGAGCUGGCUGAGAACAGCCCUGUGGGACACUCAGUCUUGCAGGUGAAAGCCAAUGACGCUGACAUGGGUACCAACGGGGAGAUCGACUAUAGCCUGCACCAGGCCUCCGAUGCCGUCCAGAGGUUGCUACGCAUUGACCGCUCCACAGGGAUCAUCUACGUCAAGGGGCUGGUGGACCGAGAGGAGGAGAGCUUCCUCAAGUUCUUUGUGGUGGCCAAGGAUCGCGGCCCCAACUCCAAGAGCUCCAAAGUCCUGGUGACCAUCAACGUCAAGGACCAGAACGAUAACGCACCCGCCAUCGAGAUCCGUGGCAUCGGCCUGGUCACCCACCACGACGGUGUGGCCAACAUCUCAGAGGACAUGCCCAUCGGCACGCCUGUAGCCCUGGUGCAGGUGUCAGAUCGUGAUGAAGGGGAGAAUGCUGUGGUCACGUGUGUGGUGGCCGGGGACGUCCCCUUCCAGCUGCGGCCCGCCAGCGAGUCAGCUAACGACCGCAAGAGGAAAUACUUCCUGCAGACCACGACCCUGCUAGACUAUGAGCGCAUCAAGGACUACAGGAUUGAAAUAGUAGCGGUGGACUCCGGUAACCCUGCACUGUCCAGCACAAACUCCCUGAAGGUGCAAGUCACCGACAUGAAUGACAAUGCCCCUGUCUUCUCCCCCACCCUGUUUGAGGUGGACUUUGCAGAGGAGAAUCAGCCAGGUGAUAAGGUCCUGGAUGUGGUGGCCACAGAUGCGGACAGUGGGUCCAACGCAGAGCUGACCUACAGCAUCAUCAUGGACUCGACCACUAAGGGGCUCUUUGAGAUCGACCCCAAAACGGGAGAGGUACACGUGAGGAAUACGCUGGACCGUGAGCACAGGGAGCAGUACGAGUUCCACGUGGCGGCAGCCGAUAAGGGCUCGCCUAGCCUGAGGGGGACGGCCACGGUGGUGGUCAAGGUGCUGGACCGUAACGACAACGACCCCAAGUUCAUGUUGAGCGGCUACAGCUUCUCCGUCUUGGAGAACAUGCCUCCGCUCAGCCCUGUUGGCAUGGUGACGGUCAUUGAUGCAGAUAAGGGGGAGAACGCCAUUGUGCGACUCUCGGUGGAGCCCGACAAUGGCAAGUUUGUCAUCCAGAAUGGCACAGGUACUAUCCUCUCCAGCAUAUCCUUUGACCGUGAGAAGGAGAGCACAUACACUUUCCGCCUCAGGGCUGUGGACGCCGGUGACCCUCCCAGGUCGUCCUACGUGGGUGUGACCAUCAACGUCUUGGACGAGAACGAUAACUCCCCCUACGUAACCAAGCCCUCUAACUCCUCCUACAAGUACCUCCCACCUCUCACGACCCCCGAGACACGCGUUGAAGUGGUGGAGGCCGAAGACAUCGACACGGGACCCAACGCCGAGCUGGUCUUCAGCAUUACCGGCGGGAACCCCUACGGACUGUUUCACAUCUCGUCCAACAAUGGGGAGAUCACCCUGGCCCAGGAGUUCACCCGCAAGCACAACGGGCUCCACCGUCUGGUGGUGAAGGUGAGCGACAAAGGCAAGCCACCACGCCACACCACCGCCCUGGUCCACAUCUUCGUCAAUGAGACCAUGGGCAACAUCACCCUGAUCGAGUCUCUGGUGGGUCACAGCCUCUACACUCCUCUGGACAGAGACAUUGCCGGGGACCCCAACUAUGCGCUGGCCCAGCGCAGCAACAUCCUGUAUGGCAGCCUAGCGGGCAUCGCCGGAGUCAUCCUGGUCAUUGUGGUGGUGGUGGUGAUCCGUCAUCGCAUGCAGAAGGACACCAAGAGUGGCUACCAGGCGGGCAAGAAGGAGAGCAAGGACCUGUAUGCCCCCAAAGCAGGGCCCAAGAAUGGCAAGGGCAAAAAGAGCAAGAAGGGCAAGGUGCCCAAGCCCACCAAGCCACUGGAGGAGGACGAAGAGGCCAGCCUCCAGAAGGGCCUCAACUUCAACCUCAUAAACGAUAGUGUCAAUGACAGUCCCCGGAUCCACCUGCCCCUCAACUAUCCCCCGGGCAGCCCCGACCUGGGCAGACACUAUCGCUCCAACUCCCCACUGCCCUCCAUCCAGCUGCAGCCCCAGUCCCCCUCUGCCUCCAAGAAGCACCAAGCCGUUCAGGACCUGCCCGCCACCAACACCUUUGUGGGCACAGGUGACAACAACUCUACAGGCUCCGAUCAAUAUUCGGAUUACAGCUACAAGGCAAACCCGCCGAAAUACAGCAACAAACAGCUCCCCCAUCGCCGAGUGACCUUCUCCACGGCCAAUCAGGCUCAAGACCUGCAGGACCCCUCCCAGCACAGCUACUACGACAGCGGAUUGGAGGAAUCGGAGACCCCCAGCUCCAAAUCGUCAUCGGGGCCCCGCAUUGGGCCCCUGGCCCUGCCUGAGGACCACUACGAGAGGACCACCCCGGACGGAAGUAUCGGAGAGAUGGAGCACCCGGAGAACGAUCUCAGGCCUCUGCCUGAUGUGGCCAUGACUGGGAACUGCACCCAUGAGUGUACCGAGUUCGGCCACUCCGACGCCUGCUGGAUGCCUGGCCAGCCCUCCCCCAAUCGUAAGAGCUCCACCAAGAACGCCCCCAAGCUCUCCACCUUCGUGCCUUACCUGGAGAGUGAGGGGCAGGACCACCUCAUGGCCAACGGCAGUCCCAAGCCCAUGGUAGACGAGCGUGGGAGUGCUGGAGGUGGCAGCGGAGGCUCCAAGGUGGCUAACAUCCGCUUCCUGCCCCCUUACAGCAGUGCCUUCUCCGGGAGCAGCGACUCCGGCAAAGGCUGCGAGGAGAUCCCCCUGAGCCAGGCAGCCGAGUACCAUUCCGCCACCACACCCACCAACCAGGGCUCCAAGAGAGAGAUUUACCUGUGAGGGCGAUGAUGUGGCCACCACCCCACCACCUUCACCCUUACCCAUAUGCCCACUGUUCCUGACCCCAUGCCCUCAGGCCUACCCCCUCACUGCCCCUGUGCCUAGCUGCUGUGUCAUCUGAGAAGUGCCAUAGCACCACCACCACCCUCCUUUUUAUAACCACCUCCCACCGUAUGAGGCUUUAGAAUCCACAAAACCUCCAAUUAAUUAAAUAAAGAGUACAAAUCGGUCAGCCCAACAAAGAAGAUACUUGGCGAGUGCAAAUUCUACUGACAGAAUGUAAACUACACUAUCAUUUAAACAUUGUGAUAACUUAAUUGGAGACUAUUUAGUUAUGAUUGUGUGUUCAAGUUUUUUUUUUUACAAUGAAUUUCCGUUGGAGUUCCGUUGGAACUGAAAACAAUGAGGGUAGAAAAGUGUUCUUGUAAAAUAGACACAUGAAUAUACAGUGUAUGGACAUCUAUUUUGGGUGUUCUUUUGGUUUUUCUGUUUUGUUUCCUUUUUUUGUUUUAGAAGUGAGUGUCGGUCUCAACUCUGGGACCUCCAAUUAAUAAGCAAUAAGGCACGAGGGGGUGUGGUAUAUGGCCAAUAUACCACGGCUAAGGGCUGUUAUUACGCACGACACACCGCGGAGUGCCUGGAUACAGCCAUUUUCCGUAUUUUGGCCAUAUGCCACAAACCCAUGAGGUGCCUUAUUGCUAUUAUAAACUGGUUACUAAAGUAAUUAGAGCAGUACAAUAAAUGUACCCAUGGUAUACGGUCUCAUAUACCACGGCUGUCAGCCAAUCAGCAUUCAGGCCUAGAACCACCCAGUUUAUAACUAGAAUUAGAGCGGUGUUUCCAUUGCCUGACUAUCCAAACUCCUUGCUCCUGCAAAAUGCUACACCACACCCACGGAUGUUAGUUUCUUCUCCGCAAUGAGUCAUGAUCCGAGUAUCUUGCGCAGCGAUUUCUAGAAGAGGAAAAAAGCACUCUAGCCAUUCUGAUUGGUACCAGAAACCAAUGGGUUGGGACAGAGCCAGAACAAGUGGGUAAAGCGGCAGUUUGAAAAUUCGACCUUGGCUUUGAUACUCUGAUUGGUUAGAGAUGAUCCAAUCACUGAUUACUAUGUUUUGUACACCACCCCUCAUUUUAGUCGACACCACAAACAACUUCAAUGAUGGCAGUCUCAGACUGAAGUAUGUAGCGAACUAUAGAGCCGUGGAAGAAUUCAGUUUGAGUCGUCAGGCAAGUCCUGCUCCUACUCAAGAGGACACAGCUGACUGGUAAUUUUGCCAUCCUUUGCUCAACAUAAGACAUUACAGUCCUCAACACAUUUUUCACAACCAAGAGGUCUUUAUCAAUGUACAGAGCUGUAAAUACAAUGGACAUGAGUUAGACUUUAAGCGUUUUAUUAGAUUAUUUUCCUUUGGCUGUAUAGAGCUUCAAUAAGAGCUGUACCUUUUUGAGUCAUUGUCGUUAUGAUCUCACAGUGAUGUGGAACCUUUGUUGGUUGGUUGUGUUAUCCAUGAUGCACCGGUUGACAAUACCAAGUGUAACACUGGGAGGAUUUAUAACCUUUGACACAUCACUGAACAUGUGAAGCUACAGUACACAUUUGUGACUUUGUAUUCCUCAUCUUUACUAUGAUCUUGGACAAAAGAAAAACACUUGAGAAAAAAAUGGUGCUCGUGUUAAAUGUGUUGGCUGAAGGGGAUGUCAAUGUCUACUGCUGUGCAUUUUCAGUCCCUCGCCACCCAAAUCUCAAACUCCUUGAUUGAGGUCUCACCGAAGGAUCAAAUCACACCAGGUAUCCAGUUGGAGAGCAAAAAGAAACAGCUUGCUUUUGUUAAGGUGUAUCGUUCCAUGGUGCACAUACUCCAUAACUCUAACUCUCAUGUAUUGCAAUCUCUAGUUUCUAAGUUUGGCAAUUUAGUAGUCAUCUUUGUGAAAACUGAUGGUAUUUAUCACCUGCUGUUCCAAGUCAGUUCCCCACUAUAGCACGGCUGUUAGAGACCUGCUGUGGGUGUGAGGUAAAGUCUGUCCUGGUCCUGUGGUGUGACGGUGGUAGUAGUUGGAGAGUUGGGGAGGAUUCACAGCUCUCCUAUACACUAGCGCGCUAACCCCGCUAACCCCGCCAUGCAGAGGCAUUGCUCUAAUUGAGCCUGGAGGCAUCGUUCAUUAGCAGUGAUCAUUUCCACAUCUCCAAACUGAGCAGGGUGUCCUGGCGGUUUGGAAGUUAAUUUGGAGUCUCAUAAUAAUAACUGCUGACAGUAAUGGGGAUUUCACCUGUGGCAAUGAGCAUCAGCCAUGAUUGGACUAAUGAAAACGCAUUGAGGAGAAAAAAGAGAGUGUGAAAAAGACCUCCAGACUACUAACACUACAGCUGGAGCUCUUGCACAACAUAAACACCACCGCAGGAUACACUCAAAGAGACACUGUUGUUGUUAUGGCUUGCUAGGAUACAGAACAUGAUUCAGGUGAGGUCAUUUAAGGGUCAUGGCAUCAAAAAGCUAAGGUCACAAGGUCAGGCUAGUAUGUGUAUUUUAUGUUCCUGUGUCUGACCGUAGACUGCAUUUUUUGUGUAUGCAUUUCUAGUAUGCUUUGAAUUACAGUUCACAUUCAACAAGUCCGUGGCUGACUUGAUUGUGCGUGCUUCAAUGUAUAACAUGAUUUACAUGUGACUAAAUGGUUAACCAUUGUAAAUAAUGCAUCAUUUAAAAAUCUCAGUCAUAGGUCUAUCAUGGUGACAAUCAAUCCCUGUGACUUUUGAAAAAGCACGUAUUUUAUUUAAAGCCACAUAAUAAAGGGAUCGUCUACAAGAACAUAAAAGGCAUGAAAGAAACGGUGGGCAGCAUUGAAUCUGUUUUGAAUCUGUUUGAAAUGAACUGUAUUUCAGUUCUACUGGGCUAUGUCAACAUUGUACAAUAUAUUACAUUAAUUAAUGAAUACAAUUUUCAUCAUCGCCUAUUCUAAUGAACACAAAGUAAUGUUCAACCAAAUACUCCCAAUGACUUCUCCACAGGAAGGUCCAUACACAGCUAGGGUCUUGGACCUCAAGUAACUGUUCAUUCAAAGUAUAUCUCAAUGUUGAUUUCAUGUCCUUGUUUGAUAAUGUAUAGAUCAAACACUGGUCCGAUAUUAAGUCACUGGUUUCCCCCGUGGUGUUCCUUCACAGCAAACACACAUUUUUCUCCCUGACAGGGCCUCUAGUCCCAUGAUUCUCCCUGACAGGGCCUUUAGAUUCCUGGUUCUCCUAGACAGGGCCUCUAGUCCCCUGGUUCUCCCUGACAGGGCCUUUAGAUUCCUGGUUCUCCUAGACAGGGCCUCUAGUCCCCUGGUUCUCCCUGACAGGGCCUUUAGAUUCCUGGUUCUCCUAGACAGGGCCUCUAGUCCCCUGGUUCUCCCUGACAGGGCCUUUAGAUUCCUGGUUCUCCUAGACAGGGCCUCUAGUCCCCUGGUUUUCCCUGACAGGGCCUCUUUUCCCCUGGUUCUCCCUGACAAGGCCUCUUGUCCCCUGGUUCUCCCCGACAGGGCCUCUAGUCCCCUGGUUCUCCCUGACAAGGCCUCUUGUCCCCUGGUUCUCCCCGACAGGGCCUCUAGUCCCCUGGUUCUCCCUGACAAGGCCUCUUGUCCCCUGGUUCUCCCCGACAGGGCCUCUAGUCCCCUGGUUCUCCCUGACAGGGCCUUUAGAUUCCUGGUUCUCCCUGACAAGGCCUCUUGUCCCCUGGUUCUCCCCGACAGGGCCUCUAGUCCCCUGGUUCUCCCUGACAGGGCCUUUAGAUUCCUGGUUCUCCCUGACAAGGCCUCUUGUCCCCUGGUUCUCCCCGACAGGGCCUCUAGUCCCCUGGUAACCUCCCUUGCCCACCCAUGGACUGAUCAGGACCUCCAGUGCCGGAGGGAUAGACUCUAAGCCCUUCUGAGCUCCAUCUCCUGAGUUGACAUAGCUGAUAUACAGCUGAUAUACAGAGGGCUGACGGGGUAGAGGGCUGCAGGGAGGAGGGGGAGAAGGGGUCCUUGAACAACAAAUGGGGAGGGAGAUGGAGAUAGAGAUGGAGUGAGAGUAAAUGAUUUGUGAAGGGGGUAGGUCAUGUGGCACCAAUUAACCCCAGCUUUUUGUGGUGGUGCGGAGAAGCUGACCUUUGAGAUGCGAUGCUAUUUGCUUUUCUUUAACCUUUGAGGCUCAAUGUGAACACACAGUGAAAUUUGAGAGAGAGUGUGUGUGUGUGUGUGUGUGUGUGUGUGUGUGUGUGUGUGUGUGUGUGUGUGUGUGUGUGUGUGUGUGUGUGUGUGUGUGUGUGUGUGUGUGUGUGUGUGUGUGUGUGUGUGUGUGUGUGUGUGUGAACACUCGCUUGUAUGUAGCACACAGGUGUUUUUUCUGUAUUUGUAGCUUUAGAGGUGCUGCCUGCAUACUGUAAAAAGAUGGCUCCACCUAAGCUCUAUGGACUCUUCUGACAGUCUCACAAACUCUCACUCUCUCCAAGGGGAAUCACCUGGAGUUUAUCCCUAGAGAGGAGCUGUCACAGAUACGGGCAGGAGAAGACUGUGUGCGUGUGUGCGCGUGCAUGCAUAUGAGAGAGUGUGCACGUGUGUCUAGCACCACUGCAGCAGCAUCCUAUUUUAUGCUGAGGCAAAGCAUGCCUGUGUUGAUUUGGUUGGUUUAUUGCUUUGUGUGUGCAUUUUAUUCAAUUGUAUUCCUUAAUUCAUGAAGCAUGUAGAACUCUUUACCUCAACGGAUCGGCUUAUACAGUAACUGGUCCGUGAAACAUGGAAUGCAGUCAGUGCAGACAGGCGUAACAUGGAUAACAAGGGAUAGUAUUUGGCACAUCUUUUUCACAUCCCCUUUGUGUUUUUGUGCUCAGUAAUGUUCAAAUCCUCAUCAUGAUGAUAAUUCCACCUCGUUUGCUUUUAAGAGACUAUUUCACAGAUUCAGAGAAUUGGGUGUGCUCAUAAAUAUGGUUGGAUAUUAAUUAUAGUGAAUAGAAAAUGGAAUGUAGAUCAGUACUUGUAAUGUUAUCAAGGGAUUCCCUUGUUGGUCUAUAUAUCUUGAUUCCUAAGUAUUCAUUAAAGCAACCUAGAAUGAGUUUAGAGUGCUAAUUGAAAUCACUUUGCUUUCCAGUGUGUGACUUUUAGGUGUGUGUUUUGAAAAUGGCUCAGUCAAUGGUAUGCGGAGUGGCAUUGAGCCCUCAUUUGUAGGACCCCACCAUUAUAACGAUAUCACUGGGGUGGGCAGUUCAAUCCGAAGCCCACCUCCAAGGUCUAUCAAUUAUGUUGAAGCUCCAAUCACAUCACAUUAUGGUGUCAAAUCAUACCAGCAGAACAAACAAUACACAGUUAAUCAAGGUGCAAAUAUCAACUGGGGCUGGUCAAAGAAAUAGGUCGGUGCUGGUUGUUCCUGAUGAGGAGAUUUAGUAGAGCAUGAAAAAGCCAAUUUUAUAAAUAUAUACAUUUUUGUUGUUGUUGACGUUGUUUUAUUAAUAGAAUAAAAACAACACAGCUAUAAACAUAUACAUAUAAAUGGUAUUUGCUAUUUUUACCAGAGGCAUUGGAUUUUUGGCUUUGUAAAAUAUGUCCUGCAUUUCCACAAGGCAGACUGUGUUCUACGUUUCCUGUUUCCCCUUAAUGAUGGGUGCUUAAUGACAGCAUAACUCUAACAUACUCACAAUACAAUGAAACACACAAAACGCUAUGACAUGGGAAACGUAACUGUCAUAACUUUGAAUAAACAAUCACAAAAUCAGUUAAAGGAACUGAAGAAACAAAGCAGAUGAUGCUUAUUUAGAAAACAGUUCAUUUUUAAACAAUCUCGCUUUGUGCCAUGUAGAGUUAUUCAGUUAUUGGGUUCCUCAUCCCUUUCUUACCCCAAAAGCUGAAGAAAGUGAAACUCGCUCCCCUUAAGGUAACGCGCCCCAAAAGGUUCGGGUGAGCUUUCGAAAUGAGAAGAAGAAAACAGGAAUAAUCAGCUGCCGCUAAAUUAUGUCUUUAUAGAAAGUCAAACUUUGUAGCCUAAUUGUUGGUUAUAUACAAUAUAUAUAGGAAACAUGCUUGUGAUGCCUUGUUUUCUGGUACAGUUUUAUGUACAUGCAAGUGUAGCUUUUUUUUAAUUAAGAAAAAAAACAUUGUCAAAUCCAACGACAAGUCUAAAUUGUAAGAUAUUUUUCCCAAUAGGGUAUGUUAGGGUGUGAGUGGUCAGGUUUUGCAGAAAUGGUGAGGAUGCUGACUCUGUCUCAAACCUCUUCUGUAACUACUCACUGGCUUUACGGCGUUUUACUCUGUUUCAUUUUUAUUUUUAUUUGAUCUUUAUUGCAAAAUAGUGGCUUUGAGGAAAUCUGGUUCUAUGUUCGUUUUUAGCCUAAUUAGUUUUAUUAUGUUAAGAUCAGUAUCUGCAUGUUUGAACAAUAAAUGUGGUCUUUUAUUUUUGCUGAGCAAAUCAAAGAAACAAUAUCUUGUAAUUAUCCUUCCUUAUAGCUUUACAAUAAAAUACAUUCAA